CUCCUGACCAGCACGGUGGUCGUCGCAUCUGGUAGCGAUGGUGACAUACGCGCCAAAGCCGACGCGAUUGCUGCACUCACUGACGGAGAUGAGGGCACAAUCGGCCUGGGGCAGCUGCGUGUAUACGCCAAAGGUAAAGAUUCUGCAACGUUGGCGGUGGCGUCAAGAUCAUCUGUGAAUGCACCGGAUAGCUCGACGGGCGCAUCGCCUCCAGCUCCAGCACCUAAGAGUGCAUCUAGGCCGCAGACAGCCGCAGGUGCGACGCCUUCUGCCCAUAUGCCAGCAACGCCUGUGUGGGCACCGACGCAGACGCCGCCACCCGCACCGGCAUCGACACCAGCCCCCCAAACAGCCCCUUCAGCUCCGGCAGCACGAACGCGUACGCCGAUGGCGCCAGCCUCGCAUCCCUCGUUCUCAAGAGCAGCAGCAUUCCCGUCAGCGCCCAGCGCCAGUGAGCGAUCCCACUGCUCCCCCGCCAUUCGGCACUGCCAUAGCCACGACGGAGAAGAUGACAAAAAAGUGCGGAUUCGGCAAGUUCUUAGGCAGAUGAGAUCAGGCUAAAGGAAAGCGGAGGAAAGCCUUGGUGGCUUGUGAUGAAAAAUUGUCACUUUUUUGUGUACUACAUUGUUUAUUUGAAUCCCGAACUAGAGCUGUCAGCUCCUCCCGUGUCCAAUUGAAUCUCGAAUGAACGGUUCUACUGUUCAAGUUUCCUUACAAGAACUUGCU